GUGAGGAGCGCGGCGGCGGCGCGGGAUCCUCGCCGGGCGGCCUAGGACGCAGGACAGGGGGCACCCCCCACCCAACGUGAAUCUGUGGGCUUCCCGGCCCGUCACCCCUUCCCGCAAGCCGUGCGUCCCGGUCCUGGGCCUGCGCCCACUUCCCCGAGCGGUGCGCCUCCAUCCUGGGCCCUGCGCCCCCUCCCCUGACCCCAUUCCGGGCCGCGCGUGCACCCCCGUCGGGUGAGCACACCAGGGCCGUGACCCCAGGGGCUGCGCCCGUCCUCACCCCCGGCCCUCGGGCCCCUCCCCAGCCCCGCCAGCCGCCUCUCAGGGGUUCCCAGACACCCCCAGGUCCAGGCGGGGGCCGCCCCUCGCGCACCCCGCGUCGUUGUCGCCCCGGCUCUGCCCGGGGUCCUGCGGCCGUGCGGGUCAGGUCCGGUAAGAUUCGUGCGUGUGUGCCCAGCCUCCCUGGCGGGACUCGAGCCGCUCCCUGCUCCCCGCAGGCCCUGAGGCCGCAGAAGCGCGCGGAGCGGCGAUGAGCAGGCGGCCGGCGGCCCGCGGGGCUCGGAGCCCGUGAUAGCCUCCGCCGGGUGGGCGCCGCGAUGGAGGCCGAGGGCCUGGACUGGCUCCUGGUGCCGCUGCACCAGCUGGUGUCCUGGGGCGCGGCCGCGGCCAUGGUCUUCGGAGGGGUGGUGCCCUACAUCCCGCAGUACCGGGACAUCCGCAGGACGCAGAACGCUGAUGGCUUCUCCACGUACGUGUGCCUGGUGCUGCUAGUGGCCAACAUUUUGCGGAUACUAUUCUGGUUUGGAAGGCGCUUUGAGUCCCCGCUGCUGUGGCAGAGCGCCAUCAUGAUCCUGACCAUGCUGCUGAUGCUGAAGCUGUGCACGGAGGUCCGAGUGGCCAACGAGCUCAACGCCAGGCGCCGCUGCUUUGCAGACUUUGACCCCCACCACUUCUGGCAGUGGAGCAGCUUCGCGGACUACGUGCAGUGUGUCGUGGCCUUCACGGGCCUGGUGGGCUACAUCACCUACCUGUCCAUUGACUCUACCCUGUUUGUGGAGACCCUGGGCUUCCUGGCCGUGCUGACCGAAGCCAUGCUGGGCGUGCCACAGCUCUACCGCAACCACCGCCACCAGUCCACGGAGGGCAUGAGCAUCAAGAUGGUUCUCAUGUGGACGAGCGGUGAUGCCUUCAAGACAGCCUACUUCCUGCUGAAGGGCGCGCCCCUGCAGUUCUCUGUGUGCGGCCUGCUGCAGGUGCUGGUGGACCUGGCCAUCCUGGGGCAGGCCUACGCCUUUGCCCACCACCCUCCGAAGCCGGCGCCUCACACCGUGCACCCCGCCAGCACCAAGGCCCUUUGAGGGUGGAGAGGACGAGGAUGUGGGACCGCCAGCCUUGGGCACUGGUGGGCCCUGAUCUCCCCACGGGGAGGGUGGGUGCUGUGGCCCCUGCAGGUGUGGGGGAGAUGGGGUCCUGGUGUCAGAGUUUCUGUCAGUCUCUGUGGGGUCUCUCUGGGUGGGCAGUGGGGGUGGGACUGGGAUGCCGUUUGUGCUCAACAGGUCAGCCAGGGUAGAUCUGACCCCGAGGUCUGGGUUUCGGGUGUUUUCAGGGUGAUAAUAGAAAGCAAGUGUUUCUCCUGUUUCCUCUCACGAAACACCACCUGAGCCCGAGGUACACAUGGGGAGGCGGAAGGCAGCCCACGGGACCCUGCUCCAGGUGGACAUACAGGCCAGCGGCCUCGAGCCAUGAAGCUAUGGGGGCCUCGGGAUACCCACAAGUCCUGUGAGCAGAGCCCUCAACCUUGAAAGACCCUGGCCGGAUCCCCUGUUUGGACUGGGGUGGCCUCUGCUGCUAGGGACCGGCACAGGGGCAGGCCGGGGUUUUCUCUUCCUGGCACGUGUGGAAAGGCAGCUGUGGGGAUGCAGGGUCACCUGCUCCUGCUUUCCUGGGCGGUCGGAGCGGCUGCCUCCUGAGGCGCAGACAGGCCCAGGCGCCCUGAGGUUCUGCUGUGUCCAGCCUCGCAGGGCAUCGCCAGAGCAAGCUCAGGCUGCUCUUGCCAGAGGCUCUGCUUCUCCUCGAGUCCUUGGGGACGUGGCAGAUGCUGGCGACUGUCAGACAACGUGGAGGGCCCUGGUGGGCGAAGGCUGAGGGGGCCGGGCUGAGGCCCCUGCACGCCACCCCUGGGCUCCUCUGGCAGAGAUCCCUUCCUUCUGGGCGCUGACUGUUCCACCGGAUGCAGCUUAGCUGUCUCUCUUCCAGGAGAGAGAUGGCCUCGGUCCAGGAAGCGGAAGGGGCUGGUCCUGGCUGAUGGCCCCUCGCCCUGCCGUCCUGGGCUUUUGGCCUGAAGCAAAUUCCUGAGUGGGGUGGUGGCCCUGCCAGGUGCUGUCCCGUCCCCUGUCCCUUGCCCGCCCCCGUGUGCCGGCUCAUGCAGUUCUGGCUGCAACUGGUCUGACCCUUGUCACCCCACGUUCUGCCCCCACCCCAUUUUCAGUUUAACUCGAGGUCACACCGUGUCAGCACCACUGCGCUGACUGCGGCUGGCCCCCAGGCCUCAGAGUUCUGGAUGCUUCCAUGCGGCUCCAACAGGCCGUCGUCUUCCCCUCCGUGGGCGCAGGGGCCGCUUCCCACAGGCCUCUGAACGCAACGCCGGGCGGUGGCUGUGGUCGUGGCGAGAUGCUCCAGGCUGCCUCCUCCUCCUGCGUUUCCUCAGAAAAACUUGAAUGUCUGAGUGAGGGUCCUGCUUUGCUCUCUGGCCUGUGAGAUGCUUUGAAAAUUUUUAUUUUUUAAAGAUGAAGCAAGAUGUCUGUAGCGGUAAUUGCCUCACAUUAAAAUGUCACCGAUUGCAGGCGCGGUGACUGCUGAAUGUACCCCCGUGGCGACUUGGAAUCAAUAAACCGUGUGUGGAUCC